UGGAAAUCAAAGAGACACAGGAAACGACAAGCCAGCAGCCCGUUGGAAUAUCGGAAGACGAGAAUGAAAGCGCUGCGUUUAUGAAAAGAAAACGAGCACUCAUUGAACUAGGCAGUUGAACAAUCAACACAAGAAAAUGCGGUCAUCUCUGACUGCCUUCAGAAAAUUCCUGUAGCAAGGUCUUGAGGAUCUACGAGUAGUCGUUUUCUUGUCAUGCUAGCGUCGAUGACAAUUACACCCGAAGACACGAAGAGAGUUGCAGACUCGGACAAGGACAACAGCAAUUACUCGAUGAAAAGCGCGCGCACAAUUCUGGAUCAGACGAUGGUGUUCCAGGUUCUGCCCAGUGACAUCGAGGGAGCCGAAGACUAC